CACGGCUCGAUGCUGCGGAGAGCGUCGCGGCCGCUCAGCCGCGCGGCCUCUCGCCGUCGGCUAUACGCGACCGCGCCGCCGCUCCCGGAGUGGGAGACCCUCGGCUUCAAUGCGACGCCGACGGCUCGGAUGAUCCGGUACAACUGGAGCGCCGAGCGCGGCUGGGACGCGGGUGAGUCCUCGCCCGAGUUCACCGUGACGAUCCACGGGCUGUCCAACGUGCUGCACUACGGCCAGGGGCUGUUUGAGGGCCUCAAGGCCUUCCACUGCAAGGACGGCCUCGUGCGCGUCUUCAACUCGCACGCCAACGCCGCACGGCUGCAGAGCGGCGCCGAGCGGCUCGCGAUGCCGGUGGUGCCGCCGGAGCUGUUCGACGAGGCGGUGGACCGGUGCAUCCGCGACAACGUCGAGUACGUGCCUCCCUACGGCUACGGAGGCGCGAUGUACCUCCGCCCCUUCCUCUUCGGCCACGGCGAGAAGCUCGGCCUCGGCGCGGCGCCGCACUACUCGUUCUGCGUGAUCGCCUCGCCGGUCGGCGCUUACUACAAGGGCGGGCUCGAGCCGAUCGACGCGCUCGUGGUCGAGGGCUUCGACCGCGCCGCCCCGCGCGGCGUCGGCAACAUCAAGGCCGCGGGCAACUACGCACCAGACGUGCUUCCAUCUAUCCUCGCCAAGGAGAAGGGGUACCCCGUCUGCCUCUACCUCGACGCGGCGACGCAGACGUACGAGUUCUCUACCUCCAACUUCAUCGGCGUCACGGCGGAGGGGACAGUCGUCACACCAACCUCGCCCUCCAUCCUCCCCUCCUGCACCAAGGGGGUCGUCCUCGAGACGGCUCGCCGCCUCGGCAUGCGGGUGGAGGAGCGGCCGGUCAGCUUUGACGAGGCUUCGACACGAUCGCCACGCUCUACAACGCGAUCACGUCGGCGCGUCGUCGCCGAGCGGCCUCACGACCCGCCUUGCCGAGACGCGGAGGCGGCGGCGGCCUGA